AUCACCACGCUGGAUACCGGGGGAGAAAUUAACUCCUGAUUACAAGCAGGAGUUAGACCUAGCCAGCUCGGUGGGCCAGCAGGGAAUUCCCGAAAAUGCAAUGCAUAGAGAGAGGUCCACCUCUGCACCCAAUGUUAGCAUAAACGCUGUCAAUAACCCACUAAUUGCAUCACUGCUAUCGGAUUUAGAAAGUGUUGGCAAACCUGUCACAGACCAUCAUCACCACCACCAUCACCACUUCGGUGAUCCUUUACUCAAUACCUUGAUACCGGCCUCGUUCUCCAAAACACCUACAACAUUUGUCUCUACUUCACCAAGUAAUCCCAGCCUAGAUGGUUUCCAAUCGUUGUAUCAGCCUUUAAUUCCUCCACAUAGGGGAAGCGGUUCUCAAAACAGGAUAGGUUCAGCAACAGGUGUGCAAACUCCACCAGUACAUGUCAAGUGUAGAGAACGACGGAUGCACUCCACAUCCGGUGAAAGAUACAGUGGUAAAAAGCCAAGAGAGAGAAGAGAUUCUAAUGAUGACUGGGAGAUUCCAAGUCCGGAGUUGACGUUAGGUCCCAGGAUUGGAUCCGGCUCAUUUGGAACUGUGUACCGUGGUCAGUGGCAUGGUGCUGUGGCUGUAAAGAAGUUGAAUGUAACACAUCCAACCCCAUCUCAGCUGCAAGCAUUCAAGAAUGAAGUUGCUGUUCUGAGGAAAACUCGUCAUGCCAACAUUCUUUUGUUCAUGGGAUGUUUAUCUGAACCGGACCUAGCUAUUGUGACGCAGUGGUGUGAGGGCUCUAGUCUGUACAAACAUCUUCAUGUUCAUGAACGCAAGUUUGAAAUGUAUGAACUAAUUGACAUAGCAAGGCAGAUAGCACAGGGCAUGGAUUAUCUUCAUGCAAAAAACAUUAUUCACAGGGAUCUCAAGUCUAAUAACAUUUUUUUACAUGAUGACUUGACGGUAAAGAUAGGCGACUUUGGUCUGGCAACAGUCAAAUCCAGAUGGAGUGGGUCACACCAGUUUGAACAACCAUCGGGAUCAAUAUUGUGGAUGGCACCUGAAGUGAUCCGUAUGCAAGACCCGAACCCAUACACAUUCCAAUCUGAUGUAUAUGCUAAUGGAGUGGUGUUAUACGAGUUGGUCACAGGUCAAUUACCAUAUAGUCAUAUAAACAACAAAGAUCAGAUUAUUUGGAUGGUAGGUCGAGGUUACCUGCACCCAGAACCUAAUAAAGCGAAAGGGAACACACCUAAAGCACUGAAGAGGUUAAUAUCGGACAGUUGCAAAUACAAUCGAGAUGAAAGACCUUUAUUCCCACAGAUUUUAGCUUCACUUGAAAGCUUGGCAAGGUCCUUGCCUAAAAUACAUCGCAGCACAUCAGAACCGACCAUUAACCGAGCAAGGUUAGCAUCAGACGACUUCACUUACUGUCCCUCACCUAAGACACCCAUUCAAAGUCAAUUUGGAGCAUUUCCACUAUUUACCAUCACAACUAACCACUUAUAGGGUAUGUUGUCUAACAGCUCUAUAUAUCAGUGCAACUGACCCAAAGGAGAACAUUUUGAGUACGUUGAGACAGCACCUCUAAAAACUGUUAAUUGGACCCUAUCUGUCAGUGAAGGUCAGAACGAUAAAAGGUUGCGCUAAUGAAUUAAAUGUUGACUCCAUAUCUUGCUCCCGUGGAGAUGCAGACAAGGAUGUAUCAAAUGGGAACUGCUAAUAACUGAAUAAUUACAGAGAAACACUAUUGUUGUUACUCAUCAUUUGCAAAUCACCAUUUUAUGAAUUUAGUUUUUAUCCAGGAAUAUAUCAUGUUAAGUGAUUUUUUUUUCCAAGAGAUGUUUGAGAUGAUCCAGGUAAUCAUUCUAUACUGUAUGUCUCAACAAGGUUGUGAUUCAGCAAUGUUCAGCAAGACAACAGGUGUUGGUGCUGUAUGUUGCUUUCUCCUGGCUAAACUUACUUGUUCCCUCGACAUCGAUCAGCAUCUUUCAAAAUGAACCAUUCAAGAUGAUACAGAAUUUUUCUUGUGUAAUCUACCCGACUGGAAGCAAUCUGAAGUCUAGAUGUAUGAUAAAAAUUCAAAUGCAUAAAUACAAUCCAUUCAAGGAAUUUCCGGAACUAUACGAACAUGUGUACAUAGAGGUAUCGACAAUUGACCUUAGAGGAAUAGGAAGGUUUUGUUCUGAGUUUUCAAAGACAGUACAACAAUUUUGACAACUGUUCAAGAAGGAGUGAAAAACAGAAUUAUGCAUCUACCAAAUUAAGAGUUAUUAUCAUAGGAUUGGGGAUUGAGCUGAUCUGAUUCAAUUGAUAAAUUUUAAGGAUCUUAAUAACUUUGUCUUUGUACUUAAGCAAACCCUUUUCAUGUAAGUUUCAAUAUGUAAGUUUGUUAACUGGCAAAUAAUCUUUUCUUAAAGUAUGUUCGAAAAACAAUUCCAAGACAUGUAUUCAUAGUCAAGUAGUUACAAGCAAUUGUGCAAACUCCUGUAGAUUUUAUAAAUUUAUGAUCUUAAAACUUUAAAAAAAUUAUUUCAUGUUAACUCCAAAGUAUCAAAUAAAUAUUCAAUUUUAUAUUUAAAUUAUAUUGCAACAUUUUGGGACGUAUCCAUACUAUCAUAAAAUGCUUCCAAUGCCCAGUUACGUAAUCAUGGGAUAGUAACUUACGUUGGGAGUAACUAUUAUUUUGUUUUGGUAUAUGGUUAAGUUAUUCUUCAGGUUUAACCAAAUUUAUAACUUUACAAUAUUUAGGACAAAAAUGAGUAUUUUACCAGUUUUUGGAAGUUUGUGUCAGAUUUAGUAAAAUCUGUACAAAUUUUUGGACCCUUCUAUAAAAAGUAUUAGGGUGAUAGUAGAUGUACAACGCAAUGAAGUAUUGAGAUUGUUUGCUGUAACAGCGACGCCAGUGGAACGUACAAAGCAUCUAGUCAGUGGAGAGAUUGCUGAAACACAGCUACUACUUGAAAUAAAAAAAUUAUUGGACUUGCAACUUCUGAACAAUUACUUACUCUAUGUUAAAGAGUUGAAGUAAAAUAGUAUUCUUAUUGGAGAGGUUGUUGGAAUAAAGAUGCAAUUUGAAAGUGUAAAGACACUUUAAUUAGGAUAGGAGAGGUAUCAUUGGGAUGUGCAAGACAUUGAAUUAUUGAAGAGUUUCUGUUAUAAAGAUGUCAUUUCAACAUGUUAAGUGGAGAACUUGCUGGGAAGAGAUAUUAUUGUGAUGUACAAGAUGUCACUUGAAUGUGUUGAGUGAAGAGCUUACUGGAAAGACAUAGCUUGGGAAAGUACCAAACACUGAAUUAUUGAAGAGUUGCUGAAAUACAGAUGCCAUUUAAAAGUGUUAAAUAAGUUGAAUUAGUGGAGAGCUUUUGGAGACAGUGAUAUCAUAUGGAAUGUACAAGACACUGAAAUAAAGAAGAAUUGCUGAAAAAACAUACUCAAUUUGAAAGUGUUAAACAUGCUUGAAUUAUUGGAGAGGUGUUUGGGAAAGAGGUCAUUGGAAUGUGCAAGACACUGAAUAAAUGAAGAGUUGCUGAAUUUCAUUUCAAAGUGUUAAGUAAGCUUACUGUGUGAAGUGGUUUCUGGGACAGAGAUGUCAUUGGAACAUACAAGAACACGAUGGCAUUUGAAAGAUAAAAAAGAUGUGUAAUAGAGUGAUUGCUAUCUAAUGUUGAGUGCAUUAACCCCAUUUGAAACUACCUCCUUCGCCAAAAGCACAAGACUUAUGUUGGAAAGAU